GAUGUUGCGCGCGCAUCUUGUCAGCGGAAGUUGAAUUUUGUUGCUCCUGAUAACUUCCUCAACCUAUGCUAACCAAACAGUUUUAAAGCAAAAAUGAUGAUUUGUUGUGUGUUUGCUUGUAAAAAUCGAUAUGCCCCCAACAAAAAACUCAAAUUUUACAGAAUACCGUCGGGGAAUCGGCCGUUAAAAGCCAAGCGGAGGCGCUUGUGGCUGCAAGCAAUACAAAAAGCGAACGGCAGCAGGGCCGGACUCACGGGAAAUGCACGCGUUUGUGGCGCUCACUUCAUAUCAGGAGAAGCAUCUACGGAGCUCGACAGUCCGGACUUUGUGCCUUCUGUGUUUACCUUCACCAAACAAAACCAGAAUCCCAAGAAAAAAGUGAAAUGGUACUAUGGUCGUAGAAAAAAGUAUCGCCGUAAAGCCAGAGUUGGAACAGAGGAAAAAGCAGCUUUACUUCGGGGGGAUUCUUCUGUUGACCUCGAGCCGUCUGUUAUGACGCAAAGUGAAAAUGAAUUUUCAGAAGAACCGCAGUCACCAGCAACCCCAUCAGUGCCAAAGGAAGGACAAAUAUUGGCAAAAGCAUCUGAGACUGAAACAGAAACCAAAAUAAUCCAAUCGCAAACAACCCCCAUAUUAAACAAGACAUCACCACCACUCAAAGGACUACCAGACAUCCUAAAACUAGAAAAAAAGAGGCCCAUUGUGCUCCUGAAACCUAUAGUUGCUCGAGCAGGUGGCUAUCAGUGUGAACUGUGCAGUCAGACCUUCACUGAUAUACCACAGCUGGUAAAACACAAACAGCUGCAUGAAGAACAAAGGUCCAUUGUCAGUAAAAUUUCUCAGGCAGAUUUCACCGAGCACCAUGUUGUGCACAGGGAUGAACCUUCGUUUCCGUGCAACAUGUGCGAUCGGUCUUUCACCACAAGUCACCACCUGAAACGUCAUAAACUGCUCCAUGUUAAAGAUGGCAGGAAGUGCCUCAGGUGUGGCGCGCUGUUCUGUCACCGUCACAACCACAUGUUAUUCCUUCCACAGACUGAGUCUAAAACAGAGUCUGAGCCUGAGGACGAUUCCUCCGUGGGUGGGACAGAAAAUGACUUGUCAAAUGAGCUGGAGCCUGGCCAGAUGACUGAAAUAACUGGCAAGACUCAGAGCUCACAGACCAUUACACCUCUACUGUCUUCUGCUCCGUCUGCUGCGCCUACAUCCCCAAGUUCUGGAUUUUUAUCCAAGUCCUCACCUUUUUCUUCACUUGUACUGCCAGAAAUUGCCCCACCGGUGUUUCUGAAGCCGUGUCCUGUUCCUCGUCCUUUCGCUCCAAACGUCAGGCAUUCAAGAAACCCGGGGACCUCGUUUCACCAUGACUAUCUCGCCCGACAUGCAGAACUCCCAUCUUCACUGAAGAUCUUCUCACCUCGGUACCUCACCUCAGCCUUACUAGAGGUUAAAAGAAAUUAUGAAUAUAUUUUAAGCAAGCCAAAGAAAGGCAAGGCUAAGAAUAUGGUGAAGAAGGAACAAGGUGAGCCAGAGAUGACGGCAUCAGAAGGGCAACGCACUAAACCGGAAAAAAAGGAGAGAAUAGCUUAUGACCUUGAGCUUGUGGUCUGAUCUGAACAAUGGAUUGGAAUUAAAACGGUGACCUUUUAUUGUCAAACUAACCUGUUUGCCUUAGUUGAGAUGUUUAAUAUUGCCUCUUUGCUAUUUACAGCAGGUCUUAUGCUUCCUAUCUUUGAAUUCAAAAGCCAUUUUGACAAAAGCAAGGAUGUGUUUGGUAUUAAACCUGGAGUAUUUGGUUUCAUUGCACCACUUUUGCUUCUUGAGCACCUGUUUUAGCACACGAAUAUAUUUUUAAGUAGUGAACCUGUAACACUCCUGUUUUUUUUUUUUUUUUUAAUUCUGUUGGUUGUAUCGUUCACCUCGUAAUCAGUGAUAGGGUGAAAUUGUCUUGUCACUACUGUUUGGUGAGUAAUACUUUUAUGUAUGUAGAUUGUAACUGACCUGUAUUGUAAAACUGCACCAGGUGGCGUUUGGGCUCCAGGCUGCAUUCUGUACUCGGCAAUUUGUGCUGUAAUAAUCACUUUAGUAUCUGAAAAAAUGCACUGUGUACUACAAAAAAAUGGCAAUAAAAUGAUCAACCAUCUCCAGUAAGAAUUGCCACAGAAUUUAGUUUUCACAUCUACCUCAGCUACCUGGAAACAGAUAGUGGUUGCUGCUUUUUAUUACAUACGCGGACCGAUCAGCUGUAACCGUAAAACAGUGAAUAACCUUGAUCGUUUUAUUACAGUGCUUUGUUCUGCUGGCAAGCCUUGAGCAUCCAGGAAUUCAUGUGGGUGUACAAGAGAAAAGCCUCAAAGAACAUGACAAAGAGUCCAAGGUGUUGACAGUGGCCUCUAAAUUCUCAGAUCCCAAUCGAGAAAACACCCGAUCCACAGAGCCCACUACGCCACGAGACUGAAAAGAUCGACUGUUAUUGCUGCUGGCUGCACACCAGAGGACAAAUCCAGAGGUCUGCUGUCUGUGCCCUGAUGGGUUAUAGUUGUUCUGGUGGCACAGGAGGAACCUACUCAAAUAAUUAGGUGAAUUUCAUGUCAUUGAUUAAUGAAUGCCAUACACUGUAUAUAAAAGAUGGACAUAGCCACUGUAAAAUUAGUGAAAUUUUUGCCGUUGUCCUUUUUAAUCUGUAUAUGACACUGAGGCAGUGGAUGUGACAAACCAAGAAGAGCAGCAAAUACUCUUUUUAGAGUAGAUAAUAGCCAACUUAAAAAUGCUUCCAUCAAGCAUUUGCUGACUUUAAAGUGAACAGUGAAAUCAUCUGUGAGCAGAAUCAUAAAAAAUCAUGAACAGAAGCAACAGCCCUUGAUUAACUACAAUCAUGUAAGUUCAGCAUAGAGACUGUAUAUGAAAGAUGUACAUAGUCCCUGUGA